AAAAAUGUUUUCAACUAUUGCUCUUAUAUCUAUUGUUGUUUGUCUUAUUGUUGCGUAUUUAUGGACAAUCAACAAUCGUUAUGAUUAUUUCAAACGUCUUGGCAUAUCAGGACCACCACAUCAUUUCUUUUUUGGUCAUUAUAAAACAUUAUGGUCUACGAAAUCAUUUUCAAAACAAUUACAAGAGUGGACUCGUCAAUAUGGUUCUAUUUAUGGAUUAUUCUUGGGUACAACACCGAUUUAUGUUGUUUCUGAUGUUGACUUUCUUCAAGAAGUUUAUAUAAAACAAUUUUCAUCAUUUCAUUCACGCAUUAUAGCAAGUGUUUUACGUAUAGAAAGGUCUGGAAGAACUAAUCUGUUUCGAACUAUUGGGGCGAGAUGGCGUCGUCAACGACAUGUUCUCAAUCCAACAUUUUCAUCUGCUAAACUUAAAUUAAUGUCUCCAUUAGUAAAUGGAUGUAUUGAAGCUAUGCUAAAUAAAGUAUCACAGAUAACACAUAGUGAACAUAAAGAAAUCAACAUUUAUGAGUUAUACAAACGAAUGACUAUGGAUGUUAUUUGUCGUUGUGCAUUUGGUAUUGAUACUGAUAUGCAAAAUGAUAUAAAUAAUCCAUAUUUACAAAAAUCGGCUGCAGUUUUUAAGAUAGAUAUUGAUGGAUUACUACUGGUUCGAUUGACCAAUUUGAUGCCUAUUCUAACACGUCCUCUAUAUUAUACUUUGUUUGGUAUUUCAAAUAUUUGUAAGAAAUUAAUCAAACUGAUACCAUUUUUGAGUAAUUAUAUUGAAGAAAUGCCAACUUUAUGGCUGUUAAAUCGUGUUCAAGAUGUUGUUGAUCUUCGAAGAAAAACUUCAAAGGAUUUGAACAAACGUGUAGAUUUAUUACAACUUAUGAUGGAUGCUUCGACUAAUGAUAAAGUUAUAGAUUAUGCUGAUGAUCGUUUAAUGUCAAAAGUAUUACGAUCCGAUGAACUACUGCCGAAUAUUCUUCUCUUUAUGAUAGCUGGUUAUGAAACAACGUCAACAGCACUUGCUUAUUCGACAUAUGUACUAGCUACUAGACUAGAAAUCCAAGAUAAACUUAUUGAAGAAAUUAAUCGUCAUAAUUGGAAUAAUAAUAAUGUCGAAGAGGAUUAUGAGACAGCUAAUAAUCUUUCCUAUCUAGACUUUUUUAUACGUGAAGUUCUUCGAAUGUAUCCUAUAACUGUUAAAGCAAUGACACGUGAAUGCAAUGCAACUACAAGUAUUUGUGGUCAUAAGAUUGAAAAAGGUAGUAUUAUUCAACCAGAUGUAUUUAGUAUUCAUUAUAAUCCAGAUUUAUGGGGUCCUGAAGAUCCAAAUCUUUUUAUACCAGAAAGACAUGACAUAAAACGUCAUCCUGUUGCUUGGAUGCCAUUUGGUGUUGGUCCAAGAAAUUGUAUUGGUAUGAGAUUUGCACUAAUGGAAUUAAAAAUAUGUUUAAUUCAAUUACUUCGACAAUAUCGAAUAUUACCUGGUGAUAAAAUUGAAGAAGGAUUUCAACGACAAGAAAGAAUUGUUAUUCAACCUGAUGCUAUUUUUAUUAAACUAGAAAAACGCUCAUCUUGA